CCCGAUUCCACAAAGCGGAGCAGUACGCCCGUUGGUCUGUGCAAGCGGGCAGUACUCCAGCACGUGAGUGUGGGUGUACUACGCAGACUAUCGCCGGAAGGUUGCGCGUCGCUAUGAGAUGAAGCAAAGAUUCCUAUUCAUACAAACUCCUGAUCAAUAGAACGCCAGGGAGCUGCUUAACUUUUGUGAAUCGAUUUAGAUCUGCUCUAGUUUCUUCAUAUAGAAGCCACUCUUUUAUUGAUUAUUCGGCUUUAGUUACUGCUGCGGUCAGCGUCAGGAAUACAACAAACGAUAUAGUAUUACGGAUCGGAGGCACACGACGAUCAUGAUUUCAUCACUCGUCUAAGAUGUUAUUGGUGGUGAAACUGACGCUGCCUGGACGCACUGCCGAUUACAGGGACAAGGAUGAAGUAACGAUGCAAAUGGAAGAAGAAAUUGCCUUCUUGGAGCAGUUGCAUGUGGGGCAACUACAGCCACCUCAACGCCAACACUUGAGAGGUGCCUCCACUGCUACUGAUCCAUCGGUAAGUGAGCACGCGUCCCUGCCUCCGGGACGCACCACGGCCCGCACAAUAUACGACCGCUUGAUGGAAGAUAGCGUCGCAAAAGCGGCCAUGUCAUUAAGGCCAAGAAGACGGGGUUUGCUUCGCGUACAGCUCGUCUAGUACGUCGUAGUGUCGGAAGUGGUACACCACUACCACAGAUAGCUACUAGCAAUAUGAAUUCUUGUGAACAAGAUGAUUUGUCGCGUCGUCACUGACCAACAUCCUGUAUGAAAAUGAUGCUGUCCUCACCCUUGGCAUGCAUUGCAUGUUGUUGUUGUGAAAUACGAGACUGACACAGCUUGCGUUUUUAGCGUAGCCGUUUUACUUCUUCUACUUCUAGUACUUAUUGAUUCGUAUAAUUAUUUUAUCACCAAGUUCUGUUUCUGAGUCUCUAAUCGUGGUUGUAGACGAAAAAUUGACCAAAGAAGAGGAACAGAAUCCAUCCCCGGCCAUUCUACAUCAGUUACGCUUGAGUGCGCUUCGAUUGCAACGGCAACGCUGGGCUGCCAUCUCUCCCAAUCUGUUGCCUGGCGAGCAUCCGUUGCUUCCCGAGGAGAUAAUCACGUUGAAUUUCGUCAACGGAGCUUCGUUGCUAUCCGGUCCCUAUGGCGUGCGCGUGUCAGGACUAGAAUAAAGGUAUUGUAUGCGGGAGACCGGUACUACCGAUACAAAUGCAAUACCUGGCUUUUGUAAGGUAGGCCCAAGAAGGCUGAUGAUGGGGAGCCGAACAAUAAGGCGGAAUUCAUUAUCGGGGUACUUUUGCUUCUCUCAUCAGCAUCAACUUUAACAUCACAGCACAACCUCAUACCUAUUGACAUUAAUAUUAGAGCGAACGGCAUAUUGGUAAUUGUAUCUCCCCGUACACAGUACAUUCGCGUCGCAUAAAAAUUUGAAAGCCACGAAAAAGCUUCUCCUAGGAACCUUGGCCUCAGCCACUCACGAUUGUCUUCUAAUUUCUCAGCGAAAGGGUAAUUAGGCAGCCACCGCGACAGUCGAUUCAGAAACGUGAUUUCGUAAAGCAACCUGAUGGAACCCUUCGAGAGUCUUCAGGAGGACUGGGCAGCUGGCUCCGGAUGUCAGCCAGCGACGGUGACGCCCUGCGGAAGGCGAAAACCGCGGAUAUCAGCGUCGAGUUGAUUACGGAUACUGGAGCAUCAAGGUUGGCAAAAAUUGUACGAAGCGUUUUGAUAUCGAUAAAGAUUCUGGAAAAUUGUGAUACUAGAAAAGUAAGUUAUAAGUUAUGAUUUCUGUUAUUGUUCUUCGACGUUGGAUGAUGAAUUAUUAUGAUCAUUUUUCUUUAGAAGUGUCGCACCACUGAUUUUUCGAGGUCUUUGAUCUCGUCGCUCCUCGAGGUAAUUUUUCUUUUGAAUUUGUAUCAUCUAAGAGCGGUUAUCCGAAAGGAGAGUGGGUCUUGCAGAAAACGCUUGAGUCGCCGGCCCGAGUGUACAACACUCCUUAUGAAUUAAAUAGAUUGGGAUUGCUGGUUUCUUGACCGUCACAAAAAUAGUACCUAUGACUGUCUGAACCUGAAGGCCCCAGUUUUUCCAGUUCUACUUCUGGCUGCAACAGCAUCAUCUUCUGGAAAAGUGAAUAUCUGCAACUCUCGUCUAUCUCUAACAAUCAGCACCGUCACGGCUUCCGGCGUUCCUUUCGUCCGCUUCAAGAGGUUCUUUGCCACGCGCACUGGUACAAGAAGCGAAGAUCGACCAGUUCAGAAUACGGCAUGUGGGUGGCUCCCAUCUUAGCAACCAUGCGUGGCAGAAACACACAGAGCUAGUCUUACGGCAUGUGCUCCUGGCAAUAUCAAAAUAUUUCAAUUAAAUUUAUAAUGCGAACAUAAAGGAGGUGCAGGCCGUCAUUUUUGUUCUAGGUUCCUGUUUUUCUCAUUCUAAUCUUUGUGCAUGAUACAAGCCUUUUGGAGGUAGCUUAUGUACUUGUCUACGAGGCGGAAUACGAUUUUCCAUUGGAAGCGCUCACCUUGUAUCCGACGCAGUCCGCAGCUUACUCACCUGGUGCUACAGCUGAGGCCCCCCUUAUGAAUUCGCUCAACGAAGUCGACCGCGAAGUGGCACUAAACCUAAACAUCGUCAGAAAUGGAUGAAGCAUCCUGGAACCUAUAUUUUGUGUCUAUUUCCUGGAGGUGAAAUACAAAAAAAGCUUCACGACAUAUAUUUAUAUCUGGCGCUUGGUGUUAACAAUGUGUGUUUAAUUGUUACUUAGGAGAGAAGACGAUCUAAUGGACGCGAUAAUGAGGACCCGUUUGGUGUUGCGCUUGCGGACCCGCAAACGUGUGCAGCAUCUUCCGAAGCUGCGUUCGCGUUUGCGAGAAACAUUCGACACAGUCCUCCAUCGACACCAGAAGAGCGAAUCUACAGUAUCAACGCAGAUGAGCACCUCCAGGUUAUUCACAACGGGGACGAGGAUCUUGAAGGAGAAGGACUUGAAGUGGAGCACGCCUCGCGAUCCGGAUUUCGGCAACGAAUUGGCGGCUUCUUCUCGACACCGUUCACCUCGGCUCAGGCGUUUCUAGAGAAGAGCGUAUGCUUCGUGACGCCAGGUCCGAAUUACGCAUUUGAAGCGGACGUCCCUGUUUGCUGUUGCUGCGAUUAUCGACCAGCGGCACCAAGAAGAACAGUCGUGUGGACGGACGCGCAGUGGCACGUCGUUACUGAAGACGAGGCACCUCCAGAAGACAAUUGUGACGGCUGUUCCUGUUUUGGUCCCGAAGAUCACCCGUGUGCGUGGUGUACGUGUCCGCGCAUCGUGACAGGAUGCUGCUUAUGCUACGUAAGGCGGCCUAUAGCGCGCAGCGUUCGGUGUUGUAUGUCCUGUCUAGCCUGCACUACCUCAUGCGCAGAUUGGCGCGCGUGCAUGCGUAAAGAAUGCGAGAGCAACACACAAGCUUGCCGACAGCUGUCGUCUUCCUUGUUGGGUCGAGGGUCAAGGGCAAGCCGUGGGCCUCCAAAUCCUGUGACUAGUUGUUGCAGUGUAGUAAAUCCCUCAUUUUCCGAUUCGGUAUCUUCAGAUGCAGAUAGCUGCUCGUACGACCGACUAAGAACCUGCAGCCACCAGGGGUCCGAGGUUGAACAUCAACAUUCAUUGUUCGGCACUCCUCGAUCUCAGCGUGCAGAAGCAACAGGGUCUUCUCCACCUAGCACAUUGACACGCGGAAGAAGAUCCCGAAAUAGAGCCGCAAGAUUUCAUCGUGCAUCGUGUUGGGUUGGUUGCGGUGUUUGGCAACCGACUUGCUGUUGCGUCCAUACGUUCUGUUAUUGCUGUUCUCCCGAUUUCAUUCUUGAUAUUAACGCCGACAUAAUGACUAUCGGGUCGCGUGUCGCGAUCGUGCCAGUCUUAAGGCUUUGAUACGUUUACAUCCAUCUUCAGAACAAGCAUCCUGAGAACGCUUCGAAUGAGGAAAACGUUACAGGAAGAUGCACUAUUUCCGGAAGAUAGGAUUCCAGUUAGGGAAGGUCUAAAAGUAGCAGCACAGCCGUAUUUACUCCGAUUUUUGAACCAGCUGGAGGCGGUACCCAAUGGGCCACUGAAGAAACAAGAUACCGAUGCGCUUCUGCGAGAGCGCAGGCGAGUGAAACAAGAACAGAUGGAGAAAGCUAAAGAGGCAGCAGCUGCGAAUGCUGGAGAGUCGAAUAUGGCACAGAAGAUCUUAGUGGAUCCAGUCCUGUCAUUAACUCGCAACUUUGAGCGUCUGGAUAUCUCGGCUUGCUAUCUGCGACGCUAUCCGCAUGAAAAGCCUUUACUGGACAAAGAUUAAGGAUACCAGAUGUAUCUCAGUUUACACCCCUAUUUAUUUCUCCUCGGUGAGGCAAUAAUAAUAUAUCCCGAGCAGGAGCUGCUUUCUGUAGAAGCAAAAUGGUUUUAUCAACAUAAUUUGGAGGCAAAUUAUUGAUAUCAGGCAUAGGGAUGAUGUUGAUAUUGAUGAACAAGCAGGUGUAAGAAUAUUGAGAGUAUUCGUCCCCUGCUGGAGCUCGUGUGCCAAUUCUCUCGUCAUCGUUACAUGAUUGAUGGAAAACUAUCGCUAAACUACAGAAAGUGGAGUACUUAAUUUUUGUGCGACGUCAGUUCUGCAAGGAACACCCGAGGGUUAUCGCAGACGUCGCCUUUCUGGGAAAGAAGAGGGAGGUCAUCCUGAUGCUGGCCGUUUGCUGCUGGAGAAGAACAAUCGACUGAGCAGCCAAAGGUCGACCCCUGCUGCCGGAGGUUCUUCUAUUUUCAAUACGAAAGAAUCGACCGCGCCUGCACCACGACCGGACGAAGAUGGCCAUUAUCAGGGAAUUAAAUCCGAAGCUCCACAAGAACAAGUUGUCCUCAAUUUUUAAGGCUGCGUACCUUAUUUUCAACAUUUUUUUUUACAUAAUUAAAUGAUUAAUGGCAUGUGUGUGAGGUACGUACUUAUUCUUUUAUCCGCAUUGUAGUUUCAGUUGCAUAUGUAAUUCUGCGCUGCGUCAUGAAAAGGGAAUUCGAAAAGAUGAUCAAGGAAAGCCAUGCAUUUGCAUAAUGUUGCUAGAUGUGAAAAAAGCACUCGCACCGCUAACUGAAGAAAAAUAUAGACAAUGAUAGCUCGACGGCCAAAGAGCACCCAGAGGUUGGCGCUACCGAGUACGCCGAGCAUAUGUCCAUCUGGACUCCAUCCUGCAAAGUGACUAACUGCCACCCCGACUCACCCGCAUUUAUACUUAGGAGCACUACUACUUCUACUUUCAGUUUCAUUGCUCAGCCAACGUCACGUUGUGUAGAGUAUUGUGAGGUUGUUCUUGUGUGAGAUAAAGAUAAUUGUGCGGCCAGCGCAAGCGUGAGGGGUAAUAUGAUUUAUGUAAGCUCACUUGUUGACGUGGCGUUGCCUUUCGUCAGCCCCUGACGUAAACAGGUUUGAAAAUGAAUAUAGUGAAAUAUAACCUCCAAAAGAUUAACAUAGACAAGCACUCACUGAGCGCAGCACUCGAACCAGGCUCAGAAUGGCGAUAGUGAGAGACUCAGCGAUAUGGAUAAACGAUCUACUUCUAACACACGAAGCGAGAGCGCAUCUACUCCGUGCAUGUGCUGCUUUACGUCUUGCACUCAAAUGCUAGCCCAAUGCCUCAUGUGUCUGAGGGCAGGCGAAGCCUCUGCCUACACUCUUGGCUUAGAAACACGAUGGGUCCCCGCUAAGCUUGAACAACCAGGACCGGGAGUUUGGCUCGAGGAUGUUGCCUGAACAGAUAGCGGAACCUAGAACGGCGGUGUGCGCUAGUGGUCGUGAUUUGAAGAAGGAGAGGAGUUAUCUAGUAGGUGUGGCGCGGUGAUUUUUUGGCGUGCUAUGACUAUGUACACUUGUUGCUUUUGUUGUAUGCUCAUAUCUGAAUUUGAAAAAUGUCGCACGACAUCGAAAUGAUCUUGUUCUUAUAAUCGCACAUGACGAUGACCGUUACGUAACAUUAUCAAAAUGCUCUUGGCCUUUUAGACUUGAAGUUGAACUAAGGCUAAGCACUUGCAGCACAUAUCUUCGAGGAUUGAUGCAUGAUUCAGAUUCGGAGGCCCGCUUUAAAGGCGGACCUGACAUUUCUGACAAAAAUAAGCGUUGCAAAAGGCGCUGAGUUCAUGCAGCUGCAGGUUGUUGGUAGUUCCUAGCGAAAGCCUCUUUCUGUAACAUCCACGAUCCUAGUUCUGCCCAUUUUCUAAUAGCUUGUAGCCGCACACGAAAAUGAUUGUCCCGCUGUGAAAAAUGUUACUUCUGCCUCUUGCUUGAGAAUGUGAUGACAUCUACUGAAAUCUAUAACGAGACUGCUUCAUAGAUUCAUCUCUGACGUAGAUAGAUGUACUGGGCGAGUGAGCCGUUCUUCAAUUCAAUGGUCUCGUACCAUGACACGGGUGCUUAAAAAUUGAAUGAUUCGUAUUCAGUGUUCUACAUACUCACUACGCAGUUUGUUUCUUGUAUGUCGUGUAUCCUCCGUCCGCGUCUGUGUGUCUGUGUCUCGUCCUUGUCUUAUUAUAACGAAACCACGACAAGAAGUUUUAGAGGAUAUUUACCCACAUAGAACGGCACUGCCUCUGGGUCCUCCGUUACUAGUCGCACUCGUUUCCACCUACAGCCCUAGGCAUUUCCCGGAAGUAGAGAUUGGCGAGUUGAGACGAUCAUGGCGAUCGCCUUGCAAUUUUUUAGAUGACUGAACAACAGCCAUGAUUUCCAUAUCCAACCUACAUACAAGAAAUGCAAAACUACGGAAUGGAUUCGUCUCAUCCCUUGUCGCUGCACAUGGUAGAUGAGCAUCUUCGUAAUACCUGUCUACACAGCUGCGUCCACGGUA